AUGAUGGGGGAUUACGGCGAUGACAGCCUUUACUUGAAACCUGAGCCACCGGUUCACCCGACAUGCCGUAAAGUGUAUUGGUUCGGCUGUGGUUUUGGCUGGGUCGUGUGGGUCUUGACGACUCCGGCUGCCGGAGACGAGAACUGGGGAGAGCUGCCCGCGGGGGACGGGUACGGCGUGGCCACCGGGUUCGCCUGCGACGAGGGAGACGUUAACGACUCCUUUUGCACAGCUCACAGGAACUUCGCGGCGGCGCAGAAAGCAGCUACCGUCAUGUGCUCCGUGGCCGUGCUGCUUUUCACGGUCUCCUUUUUUCGGCCGUCCCAAGCUAGGUACGGCUCCUCCAAGGGCCUUGGAUUGGUCGGCGGGGUGUUCAUGGCCCUAUUCACAUUCUGCCAGAUGGUGUCAAUUCUGUUCCUCGUCAAGAGCAUCCAAGAAUACAACCGCUAUGGUGGCGAUGCCUUCAUGGCCAAAACCGGGGACACCUAUGGCUUGGGCAUAACCGCUUUCGUGUUCGGCCUCAUCCAAGUCAUCAUCGUCCUGGGCUUCUUCGGCCAGGCCGCGAAUGGCCCCCUGUUGUCCUGCACCCGGCGAAUUUCGGAAGCAGACGACAUGGGUGCUGGUUCUGCCACUCCUACCCCUCGAGGCCGCCACUAG